AUGUCCCUCUACUUUGAUGCGGUCGCUAUCUUGACCGCCCCGUCCAUGGGAGGCUCUUUCAAGUCUCGCAUCUACAACGCUCGCAACCUUCGAGCAUCGCCCGCGCAGAUCUAUGCUUUAAUUAUUGAAGCCUCCAAAUGGGACCGAGUCCUGGCCGAAGUGAUUGAGAAAUCGGACAUACUCAGCGUUGAGCGCAAGUUGACGCCGCUUCUUGCUCUCCUCCUCGUGUAUGAUCACUUGCUUUCCAAAAAGGGCAUUGCUGCCCCGGCAGCCCAUCCGAUCCGUCAAGCGGUCGAGCGACACAAGGUCCGUCUGAAGGCGGAAUUCACAAAGGCGCGUGUGCGUCGGGGCUGCGCUUCAGUAGAUCAGUUCAAAGCAGCCGUCCUGAAGGAAAAGCGCGAGGCCGACGGCACAAAUCAAUUCGUGUACCCGCGGUGGGUUCGAGUCAACAACAUUCGAAGCUCCCUCGACGAGCAACUACGGACUACGUUUGCGGACUAUGAACGAGUGGACUCCCUGGCAGCGCUGGCGGCACCGGACGAUGACCGGUCAAAGCGCAAACUGCUCUAUCUCGAUCCCAACAUCCCCGACCUCGUGGCCGUUCCGUUUGGCGCGGAUUUCACGUCCUCCUCCGCCUACAAGAAUGGAGAGAUCAUCUUGCAAGACAAGGCCUCGUGCUUUCCUGCAUAUCUCCUGCUCGGUGACCGGGAUGCCAAGAAUGCAUGGCAGGGGGAUCUAGUCGAUGGUUGCGCAGCGCCAGGCAACAAGACGACGCAUAUGGCAUCGAUUCUUGCCCAGCAGCAGAAGCAGAUGCAACAAGACAGACAGUGGAACCCCCAAAAGCAAAUCUUUUCAAUGGAUGCCAGCAAACUACGCUCUAAAACCCUCCAAAAGAUGGUCUCGCUCGCCGGAGCCGACCCGAUGGUGACUGUGCUGCAAGGCCAGGAUUUCCUCGCUCUGGACCCAGACGAUCCCCAGUACGAAAAUGUCACUGGUCUCCUUCUGGACCCGAGUUGUUCAGGUAGCGGCAUUGUCGGUCGCGACGAUGUCCCCCAACUGACACUGCCCCGACCCAAGCUAGUCCAAUCUGCCAAGGCCGGUGGGAAGAAGAGGAAACGAGGUGCCGAGAAUCAUGACGACGCGGAUGAGCUGGCAUCAAACGUAACCCUGGCCGAGCCCAGCGCUGCUCCAUCAGAUGAGAAUGAUAUCCCAACAGGGACAAUGGACAAUGAGCGGCUCACAAAGUUGUCAAACUUGCAGGCACGCAUCGUCGAGCAUGCAUUGAGUUUUCCUAGUGCAACCCACGUGACUUACAGCACCUGUUCUGUCCACUUGAUAGAGAACGAGGCUGUGGUGGCCCGUCUGCUCGCCUCGGACGUGGCCCGCGAACGUGGCUGGCGUCUCCUCCGACGCGAGGAGCAACCCGACGGUCUACGCCGUUGGAUUCAUCGCGGUGUCCGGCGUGACCGCGACCCUGACACAGGUGCUGAGUUGCAGGAUGAUGAAUCGGUUUCCGCUCUGACAGAGAAGGACCUGGAGGCGUGCCUGCGUUGUUGGUCUGGAGAUUCCGAAGGGCUGGGCGGAUUCUUCGUCGCUGGGUUUGUCCGCGACGCAGAAGCAAGUCACACAACACUUGUUACACAAUCCGUGUCGAAAUCUCCUGCGAAAUCCACACCGAGAACGCUCAAGGUAGAACACGGGAAGGAAAAUACAAAGACCAAGAAUGGGACGGGCAAUGACAGCGAGGAGGACGAUGAUGAGGAUGAGGAAUGGAGUGGGUUCUCUGACUGA